AUGGAUGCAAGAGAGAUGUCAAUAAUGCAUCAUGUGGCCAUUGUUCUUACUGAUUCUGAAACAGUGCGAUGGUUGAACCAUGCUGUGGAAAAGAUAUGGCCCAUAUUGGGUGAUUACAAGACAUAUAAGAAAAAAGCUUUGGUUCAACACAUGUAUUUGGGAAGAAAUCCACCAUUGUUCACAGAAAUGAGGGUUCUUCGCCAAUCUACUGGUGAUGACCACUUGGUACUGGAGUUGGGCAUGAAUUUUUGCACAGCAGAUGAUAUGAUUGCAAUUCUCGCUGUCAAGUUAAGGAAAAGGCUUGGAUUUGGAAUGUGGGCAAAGAUGCAUAUGACAGGGAUGCAUGUAGAAGGAAAGGUCUUGAUUGGAGUGAAGUUUCUUCGUCACUGGCCUUUUCUUGGUCGUUUGCGGGUAUGCUUUGCUGAGCCACCUUAUUUCCAAAUGACUGUGAAACCCAUAUUCACUCAUGGACUUGAUGUUACUGAACUUCCAGGGAUUGCUGGAUGGCUAGACAAGCUUCUGUCGGUUGCUUUUGAGCAGACACUAGUUCAGCCCAAUAUGCUAGUUGUUGACAUGGAGAAAUUUGUUUCACCAGGGUCAGAGGACUGGUUCUCUGUGGAUGAGAAGGAACCCAUUGCAUAUGCCAAAGUUGAAGUAAUUGAAGCAUCUGACAUGAAACCAUCAGAUUUAAACGGAUUGGCUGAUCCAUAUGUGAAAGGACAACUUGGUGCUUACAGAUUCAGGACGAAGACACAGAGGAAAACUCUAUCUCCAAAGUGGCAAGAGGAAUUCAAGAUCCCCAUUUGUACCUGGGAUUCACCUAAUGUUCUAGCUAUUGAAGUUCGUGACAAGGACCAUUUGUUUGAUGAUGCACUUGGAAUUAUAGAGAUUGAUUUCAUACUUCAGAGUAGCGUGUCUCAGAAAUUGCUUUUGGUUUGCACAGUUAACAUCAAUGAGCUUAAGGAUCGUGGGAGGCAUGACAUGUGGUUGCCACUUCAGAACAUUAAAAUAGGGAGGCUGCAUCUUGCAAUCACUGUUCUGCAAGGGAAUGCACAGGGAGGUGAUUCUACACCUGAUGGGGAGACAUUGACCAAGGUGCAAAUACAGGACUCCUUUGUAAGUGAUACUGCUAAUAGAGCUUCCUUUUCAUCUGUAUCAACAGAGAAGUCUCAAGUUCCAGACAAUUUCGAGCCUAUCAACAUCGAAGGGCAACAAGAGACUGGAAUAUGGGUUCAUCACCCUGGAAGUGAAGUGCCACAAACAUGGGAGCCCAGAAAAGGGAAGACUACAAAUUCUUUGAGCUCUCAUUCUGCAGUAUCUGGGCCACUUAACAAUGACAGCAGCAGUGGUGAAGAAAAUGCUGAGGGUGAAAAUAAAAGGAACCGAUUUAAGCGAGGUUUGCAGAAGAUUGGCUCUGUAUUCCAUAGAAAUUCUAAAAAAGAGGAUAACUUGAGCAUCAAUGGCGAAACUGUUCCAUCUCCUUAUGAUAAUAUUAAAGCAACGGACCAGAGAGAGAUUGGCGUGAAGAUUGUAGUGGAAGACAGCCUUUCUGUGCCGAAUUCUGGUAGUUUGAUUGGAGAUAGUUUGGAUUCUGAGAAAAGUAGUCCAGAAAUCCCCGGGAGAGGAAAUGGCAAAGGCAUGGCAAAGAGUAUAUUAAAACAUGCAGAAAAAUCUGCUCGUGGAUUAAGGCAGGCACUUUCUCGGACAGGGUCAAGAAAAUCUCAUGGUGAUUCUUCUGUGGCUACAGAAAGAGACAUUUAUCCAGAGUCUGACUCUUCUGAUGAUGAAUCUCUUUCAUCACCACAACCAAUACCAGCGGCCAUCAGUCCCAUACCGUCCACCUGUGCCAAUGUUGAUUCUGUUAAACCUCUGGAGAAUAUAAUCCAGAGUGGUUCAAGUGAGUCCCCUUCAAGUGAAUCCCCACUAAAUGCUGAUGCCCAAACGAAAAAGGUGAGUGUUAUAGAUAAUGGACUACAAUCCUCAAACCCUAAGAGCCCUUGA